AACUAAUCAAGAAUGGCUACAGGUAUCCCAAAACCCUGUUUGAAAAAAGCAAUAGAUCUAGUUAGAAAAGCUGCAGAUGAAGAGAGGAAAAAGAAAUACUAUGAAGCGUUUCGACUUUAUAAAGAAGAAAUUGAUAAUUUUUUGCGUGCUAUAAACUCUGAGAUCGAGGAUGAAGCUAAUAAAGAAAAUGUCCGAGCUGAAUGUCGAAGUUGCCUGAAAAGGGCAGAAAGACUCAAAGAAAUUUUGAAGAAAGAAAAGAGCAAAAAUGUCUCGGACGACUCUUUUUCCAAAAUGGCUACAGGAACUACUCUCCAGAAAGCAAUAGAACUAGUUACUAAAGCUACAGAAGAAGAUCGAAAUAAGAACUAUGAAGAGGCAUUGAGGUUGUAUGAACAUGGAGUUGAAUACUUCUUACAUGCUAUCAAGUAUGAGGCUCAAGGAGAAAAAGCUAAAGAAAGUAUUAGAGCCAAAUGUGUGCAGUAUCUGGAAAGAGCAGAAAAAAUAAAGGAGUCAAUUAAAAAAGGGAAGAAAAAACCUGUUUUGGAUGAAACUGUUUCAAUUGCAAAUUUCAGAGAUGACAAAAAGAGUGAUGAGAACAGCGAUGACUCAGAUGAAGAUCCAGACAAAAAAAAGUUGCAGUCAAAACUAGAAGGAGCUAUUGUUGUAGAGAAACCCCAUGUAAAAUGGAGUGAUGUUGCUGGUCUAGAAGCAGCUAAGGAAGCUCUCAAAGAAGCUGUAAUCCUGCCUAUUCGUUUUCCACAUUUAUUUAGUGGAAAGAGGGUUCCUUGGAAAGGAAUACUACUUUUUGGUCCACCUGGUACUGGUAAAUCAUACUUGGCGAAAGCAGUAGCAACAGAAGCAAACAACUCGACCUUCUUCUCCGUCUCUUCAUCCGAUUUGGUGUCCAAAUGGUUGGGUGAAUCCGAAAAACUGGUUAGGAAUCUGUUCGAGCUUGCGCGCCAGCACAAGCCCAGCAUUAUCUUCAUUGACGAAAUUGAUUCGCUGUGCUCGUCGAGAUCCGACAAUGAAUCUGAAUCAGCUCGUAGGAUAAAGACAGAGUUCCUGGUACAGAUGCAGGGAGUUGGGCAUGAUACGGAAGGCAUCCUGGUGUUGGGUGCGACGAAUAUCCCUUGGGUGUUAGACGCUGCUAUCAGAAGGCGAUUCGAGAAGCGUAUUUACAUCCCUCUGCCGGAAGAGCCAGCUAGGGCAAUUAUGUUCAAGUUGCAUUUAGGAAAUACACAUACGGAGCUUACUGAUGAGGAUAUCAAGGAGUUAGGUAGAAGGACUGACGGAUAUUCCGGUGCAGAUAUCAGUAUCGUCGUCCGUGACGCGCUGAUGCAACCGGUGAGAAAAGUGCAAACAGCCACUCAUUUUAAGAAAAUACGAGGGCCAAGUCCCAAGGACCCCAACGUGAUAGUAGACGACCUCCUUAUACCAUGUUCGCCGGGUGAUCCUGGUGCUAUGGAGAUGUCUUGGAUGGACAUAGAGAGCGAUAAGCUGGCAGAGCCACCUGUCACAAUGAAUGACAUGUUACGUUCAUUGGCAACUUCCAAACCCACGGUCAACGACGAAGAUCUAACGAAGUUGAAAAAAUUUAUGGAAGAUUUUGGACAAGAAGGAUAAAAUAUUAAACUGUAGAACACAUUGUCUAAAUUUUGUACUAUAUGCAGCUUUCAAAGAAAUAUUGCAAUCUUCAAAGGUUUAUGUUAAAAUACAUUUUUGAUACAACUAGAAGAAAUCGGUUCAAAAAGAUUGUUAGUCUGUGAAUUGUUGCUUAUCCUUGUCUUUUAUUUUGAUAUUGUAAUUCUUUAGUAUACAAAAUACAGCCUUACUUUUGAUUUAGGGUUAAGAUAGUUUAUAUUUGUAUUAUGAUCUAUGAAAUAUAUUUAAAUAAAGAAGGCACACGUGUUACUGAUGUAAUGUAUAUUCAACUCUAUUGUAACAAAAACAGAAAUAAAUUACUUUUUAUAAAUAACAGUUCGAUAUAAUCUAGGACAUCAAAUAAUAAAUAGGUAAUAGUAAAACCUGAGAUGAGAACAGUUACCAUAUUUUUAUAGUUCGUUUAUA